AUGGUGACCGCCGCGCCCCGAUCCAAGUGCAUGUCCAUGGACGUCUCCAGCGCGCAGAGCCCGCCCGACCUGAGCACGCUGCAGGUCAAGGUGGGCGAGCUGCGCCUCUCGGCCGACGGCACGUGGCUCUACCUGCUGCAGGUGGCCUGCGGCCGCGCGCGCUGGCAGGUGGCCAAGCGCUACCGCGAGAUCCGCGCGCUGUGGGUCGAGCUCAGCAAGGCGCUAGCCGAGACCGACGCGCACCAGUCGUGCACCGAGCGCUGCCACUUCCUCGCCGGCUUCGAGCAGGACAAGUUCCCCAAGAAGCACCUGCUGCUCACGCAGCACAAGCUCGAGGCCCGCGCGAGCGAGCUCGACCAGUUCUUCCUCAAGCUGGCCAUGCGCCUCAACCUGUGCAACCCCAUCGAGCUGCAGACCUGCCAGCUGCGCGGCUGCCCGCUGCUCACGCUCGUCGCGCGCUUCUUCGAGGUGGACGCCGAGCCGGCCAAGAAUACCCGCGCCGCCAUGGGCUUCUCGCGCAGCAUCUCCAUGCAGCGCGAGGUGCGCCGCCACGACCAGCAGUUCACCACCACCAAGCGACGCAGCAGCAUGAGCGUCAGCAUGGGCGUGGGCGUAGUAGGCCGCCGCUUCUCCUUCGGCUACCAGGACGGACACAGCGCGGUCGCAGCGCUCGCCCAGUGA